UCUGUUGCAGGUAUAGAGGGCGUGGUGGAGUCGUAUCGUCGAGUUCUUCCUCAGCUCCGACUUUCGGGUCCAACAAACUUCAGCCCGAUUAUCAACCACGUGGCCUCGAUCGCCGCCACCGCCGCCGCCCACAACACCGCCUCUCAGUACUUCGUGCUCCUCAUCCUCACGGACGGGGAGAUCACAGACUUGGACCAGACUCGUGACGCCAUCGUACGAAGCUCCGCCCUCCCGCUGUCAAUCAUCAUCGUGGGGGUGGGACCUGCCGACUUCAGCGCCAUGAAACUCCUGGACGGAGACGACGGCGUCCUCAAGUCCACGAGCGGCGAGAAGGUCCAGAGGGACAUCGUCCAGUUUGUCCCCUUCAGAGACUUCAAAGACGCUCCCAUGGCGGCGUUGGCUCAGUCGGUUUUGGCUGAAGUUCCGUCUCAGGUCGUGUCCUACUUCAAGAUGAGACGCCUGGACCCGCUCAAACCUCCAGAGAAGAAGUAAAACUACAACUCCCACAAUCCCCCACAGCCACAGGGACCACGCCCCCUUUAGACGACAAAAGAACUACAACUCCCACAAGCCCCCACAGGGACCAGCUGCCAACAGCCAAUCAGAAAAGAACUACAAAACUACAAAACUCCCACACGGGUCCAGAAACGAGUUCUGCAUCAACCAACCAGGAAAUGGACUACAAAAUACUUACCAAAAACUACAACUCCCAAAAGCGUUGGGACAUUAUUCUGAAUCAUUCCACUUUAAAAAGGGACUCAAACUGUUCAUUUUGACCAAUCACAGAGCAGCUGAGGCGUAGGAGCCAAUCAGAGGGCAGCAAAGUGUUUAACCCUUUGUGGUCUGUGUUAGCCUUUAGCACGUAGCCUUUAGCACGUAGCCUUUAGCGCUCGCUUCUUCUAAACUGCACUUUCUGUCGACACUUUAACCUCUGUGCAAUUAAACCAGAUGCCCUUAAUCUGAACCACUGCUGCCUUCAACAUAACCAAGAGCUUUAGCUUUAACCACUUUGUGUUUACAAGGGUCCAGACCUGGUCCAGUCCAGGUCCAGUCCAGGUCUAGUCUGGGUCCUUCACUCGGUGCCAUCACAGAUGUUGUACUCUGUUCAUGUUUUCUCUCAAAUGCUGAAUUUUGUUUUUUUUUUUCUUUUUGCUGCUUCAAACUUUUUGCCAAAGACCGAAAUGUUACAGUCAUUUAAACGAAUAAAGCCAAAAGUGAAAACGUUU